UAAAAGCAAAAAUCAAUCAACCAAACAAGGAAAUAAUUAAAAAAAAAAAAUCAAACCAAUAAAAGAGGUUCCUUUUCCGCUCGCCUCUCUCCGUUCACCCCUCUCCGGAUAAUCAAAUCCUCCGGUUUAUCGUGAAUUACAAUCCUUUUUCUUUAGCUUCUUCAUACUUAUUGCUUUGGUCUUUCUCCUCAAUCAACAAAUUGGAUGAAGCUUUGUAGUUUCACUCCUCAUAUCUCACUUCUUGAAGCUAAGAAUCUUAACUUUCUUAUCAUAAAACCUCAAAAUUUAUUGAUCUUCCUGUAUAUGACUGUCUCUUGGUAAAUUGUUAGAAAUACCAUAAGUUGGCUACCACUUUUCAAAAUACACUCAAUCAAAAAUACUUUAACAUUUGAAUUUAGUAUUUAGCGAUUAUUGUUUAGAGUUUAUUAUUGAGAGGGUGGGGAUGGGUUUAUAGCCUUUUAUAAAUUAUUCUUUUGACAUUUAUAAAUGUUAGUUUAGUCUUUUCAUCACAAACUUAGUAUUUAUGAAAUGUUUAUCUUUUAAGAGUAAAUUUGAAAAGUGGUAUCAAAUAUGUGGUAAAAUUGAAAUUCACCUUGUCUUUUAAGCUUGGAAGCUCACUUAAUUGUGAAUCAUAUUUUCAUGUUUACCCCAAACAGUCUUAAUUAAUGUUGUGUUUAUUCUUUUGACGUUUGUUGGUAAUUGAAAAAGACCAUGGAUGGCCUUCAUGGAAACAACAACGGUGGAAUGCACAAUGUCGGAGAUCAAGAUCCGUUGCAAUAUGAACAUCACGCUAUGAUGGAUGAGCAAGUUGAUGAUGGGAUGGAUGAGGGACUGGAGACAGACAUUCCUUCUCACCUUGGAAACACAUCUGAUCAUCGCGGUGAAGUUGUAGACCGUGGCACUGAAAAUGGUGGUGAUCAGUUGACCUUGUCCUUUCGUGGACAAGUUUAUGUUUUUGACCGUGUCUUGCCUGAGAAGGUUCAAGCUGUGCUUUUAUUACUUGGUGGACGGGAAGUACCGCAAACACUCCCUACAACUGUGGGAUCACCUCAUCAGAACAAUAGGGGUCUAUCUGGUACUCCUCAAAGGUUUAGUGCUCCGCAGAGGCAAGCCUCGUUGCUCAGAUUUAGAGAGAAAAGAAAAGGGAGGAAUUUUGAUAAGACAAUUCGCUACACUGUCAGGAAAGAGGUAGCAUUGAGAAUGCAACGUAAGAAAGGUCAGUUCACAUCUGCCAAGUCGAGCAAUGAGGAUUCUGCAUCCAAUGGAUCGGAUUGGGGGUCAGGUCAGAGCUGGGGGUUGGAAGGGACUGAUUCUCAGAAGCCAGAGGCUUUAUGUCGGCACUGUGGAACCAGUGAGAAGUCAACUCCAAUGAUGAGACGUGGACCUGAAGGGCCAAGAACACUUUGUAAUGCAUGUGGACUAAUGUGGGCAAACAAGGGGGCUCUUAGAGACUUAUCCAAAGCCGCUCCUCCUCCUCCAACAGCCCAGAAUCUGCCUAUAAAUAAGAUUGAUGAAUCAAUUCUUGAGGCCGAGCUAGCUGGUGACAUUAGCAACUCACAGUGAAAAGUGAGUAAACCAAAUUGCACGCAAGAAAAUGAUGUGAGUUUGGUUGAUGAGGGUUCUUUAGGACACUCAUAAUCUGUUGUUGUAUAAUUUUUAGAAGAUCACUCAUGAGACUGAGAAACAAAAAAACACAUUUGCUCUCACUCCAUCUGUAAGUUUGAUUUGUUUCAGAAGCCUUUUUUUUUAUUUUCCUCAGGUAGAAACAGAACUUGUUGUAACUUUAAAAUUUUAUUGACACCACAAUAAAACAUUUUUAUAUUUAAUUAGAUAAGU